AUGGACGGAAUCGACUAUAACGUCAACGCCGCUCUUCCAAAAUCUUAUGAUGGCGGAUCGAAGGCGGAUACUGUACGAUAUAUGGACGAUUAUAGCCCUAGCCAUUCAAUCGGAGAGCAUUCUAAUGCCCAAGGACAAGAAGUCGUCGGAGAGCAGGUCAGCGAGAAGCUUAUUUAUGAAGGGCAUUGGAAUUAUCCAGAUUUCGCCUAUAAACACGAUGUGAACAUUUAUGCUAGUACUGUUUACAAGCCUGAUGACGUCUCGAAUUCAAUGAAAGUCGAAAAUGCGGUCGAAUACGGUCAAUGUGACUGUACUGAACAGCCCACCUCGAUCGAUGUACCGGCCACUAAAACACCCGAUAAGGACGGAGCAGAAGUGAUCGAGGAGGUGUUCUGUAACGCAAAUCAGAGCAAAGGAGAGUCAGAGCAUCCAACUGCUCAUGCAGCGGCAAUGCUACCAUCGAAAGAAGCUGUUCGAGAAAGUUAUGAGGUCAAGGAGAACCAGGAAGCCUGCUAUGCUGAGGAACAAUAUCAUUAUUCCCAUACGGAGGCCAAGGAAAUCGUUGAAAAGCCAGUCGAGGAUAUAAAGGAAGCAAGUACGCAUGGAGACGAGUUCAACGCUAAUCUCGAAGAGCUCCCUUCAACUACGAUUGAAUGUGACGUAAUUGCUUCACAAGAAGGCUCUACCGGAAAGGGAGUGAGUAAGUCAUUCAGUGAAAAGUCGAUCGAACAUGCUUCGAUUUCUGCUGACUUGAAGGUGAAUCAGACACCCUCUGACUUGUCGAACUUAACGGCUCGUUCUAAGGAAGAAUAUGUCACCACCGAAGAAAAAACGCUUCAGCCCCAAAAUGACACCGCCGCGGCGCCGAGUGAUUCGUUGACAAUUCCAGAGAAACCGCCUCACAGUAACGUCGCCGAAAGUACGACAAUGGCCUCGGAAACAGUGGCGAUUCGCACCACUGUAGCUUCUGCUCCGCCAACGCCUCCACCUAGGCGAAAUUCAAUUCUGCCCGAUGGCCUGCCGCCAGCGACACCAACGCCAACAAUGCGAUCGUUUCAUCGACAGCCAUCUAUAUCCUCAAGCCGUACCAAUACGAUGAAUUAUAACUACGCACUCGGACGACUAUCAUUCCCCACGUUGCCGAGAAACGCACGUCCGCCAAGAAAAGGUGGGCCUUUAAAAACUUUCAGUUGCUUCCUGAUUUCCUUAGGUGUCUUGAGUAACGCACUACCUUUUGAUAAGCUUCUCGUCUCUUAUUAA